CAUGGAGUCAAAGCUACAACUUUAAUAUUUGUACCAAUGCAGAAAUGUAACGUUUUACGUUAUUCUCCGUUCUACAGUCGCGUCUAAUAAUCGUUUUUCGCUUGUACAAAUUGUGAAUACCCAGGAAAGUAGAUCAUCUCGACGUGUUUAGCGUUAAUAAAUAGCCUAUUGCUCGAAAUUGCAGCUUGCUCCGCGAGCUGAUCGAAAUCGUCAGGAUUGAAAGCUUGAAAGCGAAAUCUGCUUUCGGUUUUCUCUCAUUCGAGGAUAUUUUGGGCUGUAUUUUCCCGAAUGUGGCCAGGGCUCGGCUCCUGUCAUCGCCUCGCAGGAGCUCAGAAAGCGGUCGGUAUGGCUUGUUUUCGGAUGAGGGAUGUAACGUUAACCCGCGAGGAUUUGGCGAUGUGGGAUGAAGCGGAAUAAAGAAAAGUGAUCCGUUCAAACCGAAGGAAAGCGGGUGCUUUCUGCCUAUGGAUUACACAUUGCAGAUUUUCCGCACAUAAAAGUGGAUUUUACUGGAAUACGUGUACAGAAUCGCAGAAGAUAUCGCUUUGUCACGCUGGCUUAUUUUCCUGAGGAAUAGUGGUGUAUUCCUCCCCAACCCCCCCAGCGCCACAAACACUAAACAAAAGUACUAUAAGUCACGUAUAUGACGGUUCAUGUCAUGAAGGAAAUAAAUAAAAAUUGCUAGGGUCGAAGAGAAUGUCAUCAGAGGAGAAAAGUCUAGACCCCUCUGACAAAGGAUCCUCGCCGCCACCUAGCAGCUCUGGGGCCACUCCCACUGGAAGUCCGGCCCCCACAGAUAAGCGGCCCCGGGGCCGCCCUCGUAAGGACGUGUUAUCCACAGCAACACCGCUUCAGUCUGUGCCCAGACAGAGAAAGAAGAAUCGGGGGCGAGGGAAAGCUCUGGUGGAGGAUGAAGACAGCACAGAUGGAAUGGAGACUGCAGAAACAGGAAGCACACAGGAGACAGUCACUAAAGGGGAGCAGGAGGAGACGGCGGGCGCCUCUGCCGUGGCAGUUUCAGCAGAGGGGGAGGAAGAGGAGCAGUUGUCAUCCCCUCUUCCUGCGAGCCCUGAGACGGGGGCGGCACAAACAUCAUCAGCCUCUGGAGAAGCUAAAAGCAGCGAACAGCUCUGUGCCUUCUGUUACUGUGCUGGUCGAAGCCUGUUGGACCAGGGGGAUCUGAAGCCAUUCAGGGUCACGCCCGGAUACGACCCUCCACUCCCACAAUCCUCCACAGAGGAGGGCCACGACCGUGACGACAAGACUGGGGCUGCCAGCCAAUCAGGGAGGCACAGGGGCCCAGAGAGUGUCGGGGCCGAGGAAGGAGGAGGCAGAUUCUGGGAGGAGCUCCGCCACGUCGGUCUGCCGGAUGACAUUGAUGUCCGAACACUCUUUGAUGAGUCGGGUCAGUGCUGGGCUCAUCAAAGCUGCGCGUUGUGGUCAAAUGUUGUGCGUCAAGCGGAGGAUCAAUCACUGCUAAAUGUGGACAAAGCCAUCCACUCAGGGAGCACAGAGCAUUGUGCAUAUUGUAAGCGCCUUGGAGCAUCCAUCAAGUGCUGUGAGGAGGGGUGUGAUCGCUCGUACCAUUACCCCUGCGCGGGGGCCGCCGGCACCGUUCAGGACUUCAGGAGGCGCUCUGUCCUGUGCACAGAGCACAUUGAGCUGGCCGUCAGCAAAUAUGAAGAAGAGGCGAACUGUAUAUUGUGCGACAGCCCCGGGGAUCUCCUGGACCAGCUUUUUUGCACCAGCUGUGGGCUACGCUAUCACGGCAUGUGUCUGGACAUCAGCGUCACUCCUCUGAAGAGGGCAGGCUGGCAGUGCCCCGAGUGCAAAGUCUGUCAGACAUGCAAGGAGCCUGGAGAAGAUACUAAAAUGCUAGUGUGCGAUAUGUGCGACAAAGGCUAUCACACUUUCUGCUUGCAGCCGGCUAUGGACUCUAUCCCCAUCAACGGCUGGAGGUGUAAGAACUGCCGGAUGUGUGUUCAGUGUGGCACCCGGAGAAGUGAACAAUGGCACCACAACAGCCUUUUGUGCCAAAACUGUGGUGAUCAACAGGACACCACCGUCCCCUGCUUAUGUCCCAGCGACGUAGAUCCCGACGUCCACAAAGUCCUGCUUUCUUGCCAUCAAUGCAAAAGGUGGUUCCACCCAGAGUGUGAACAACCAGGUGAAGGUCACGCACAUCCACAGUCCAAAGAUGAUCACAUAUGUUCCAUCUGUAGAAACGCCGGCUCUGAAUCAGAUCCUGUGCGCACGGAUGCAGAAGGGAUGCAGGCGGAGAUUCAAUCACAUGUGGAUGUUGAAGAAAACGCACAGCCAGUUCCAAAAAACAACGAUUCUGAGCCUGCCAAAGUUCAAGACGCAGAACCUCAUCAGCCUGUCAGCGAGAGGCAGAGUGAAGAGCAGCAAACAGAUGAAAAACAAAUGACGGAAAUUGUGGCAGACGCUAGAGGUGAUUUAGCCAAGCCAGAGUGCAGCGAGACCUCAGACCACAGCGAGGAAACUGAGCAGACUUCAGUUACAUCUCCUCAGGGGACAAAAGGUCCUAAAGAUUCAGAGCCGCAUGAGCAGAAACUGGUUUCAGCUCCAGAGACGUCCACAGUACAGCAGCUUGUGUCAUCCUUUGAAACAGAGGAGCCUCCAGAGACGUCAUCUACACUCACGGAAAACAUCUCCCAAAAUGAGGAUGACAGCAAGCCCUGCCUGGAGGAGCAGAAAACUGACCUAUCACCCACCAAAGAGCCAACUCCAGCCUGUACCUCCCAUGAGGAAGAACCCAUGGAGGUUUCCUUCACGGAGGAACCUUCCACAAUGGCUCAUGGAGUUACUGUAGAGCCUGAGGUUAGUACUGCUAAGACUACGCCAGGAGUUCAGAGCCAGGAGGAAAUGGAUGUUAUGGUGCAGCAGCGCAGCAUUAUUCCAGAGAGCCGCAUGCAGGAAAUGGACAUCACUAUGGAUGGUGAUGAGCGAUUUUUGGCCAAGCUGAGUUCACUGGUGGAGGAGAGGACGUCAUUACAGCAGCCUCCAUGCAGGCACCCUGAGGGUUUGCCCUCACAUGGGCUUGGGGCAUCCCAGCUCCAGCUCCAGGCAGUCUCAGGAAAAGCCAUCAGCAAUGUGCCUUCAUCCACCUUCAUACCAUUCACUCCAAAAAUCGGCAUGGGCAAGCCGGCUAUCUCUAAGAGGAAAUUUUCACCUGGAAGACCCAGAGUCAAGCAGGGAGCAUGGAGCGCCUUCCACAGACUGAGCUCCCUCUCUUGGUCCCUUGACCCGACUGAGGGCUGGGACGGGCCAAAGAGCAGGCAGCCCCACAGCACGGCCGCCUGGAUAAUCCGUGUGCAGGGCCGGGGAUCUGGCUUCCCCAGCAGGAGACGGCCCAGGGGUUCGGGUGUCACGGGCCGGGGAGGACGUGGCCGGGCCAGAAUGAAGAAUGGAGUCCCUCCAAUACCUACACCAGGAAUAAACAUCAUGGAACCCAUUUGCACAUUUAAGGAAGAGGAAGAAAACGCCAUGCACAAUACAGUAGUGAUUUUCUCUAGUACAGACACGUUCACUAUGAAACAGGAUAUGUGUGUGGUUUGUGGGAGUUUUGGACAGGGUGUGGAGGGUCGACUGCUGGCCUGUGCUCAGUGUGGACAGUGUUACCACCCCUUCUGUGUCAACAUAAAGAUCACUAAGGUGGUGCUGAGUAAAGGCUGGCGGUGUUUGGAGUGUACCGUGUGUGAGGCGUGCGGUCAGGCCAGCGAUCCCGGACGUCUGCUGCUCUGUGACAAUUGUGACAUCAGCUACCACACCUACUGCUUAGACCCGCCCCUGCAGAACGUGCCCAAUGGGAGCUGGAAAUGCAAAUGGUGUGUGUCCUGUACGCAGUGCGGCGCCACGUCUGCGGGUCUGAGGUGUGAGUGGCAGAAUAAUUACACUCAGUGUGCCCCUUGCGCCAGCCUGGCAUCAUGCCCACUGUGCCAGCAGGACUACAACGAGGAGGAGAUCAUCCUGCAGUGCCGCCAGUGUGACAGGUGGAUUCAUGCCUCGUGUCAGGGAAUCCUCUCAGAGGAAGAGGUGGAGAAGAUUGCAGACACCAGCUUUGACUGCAGUCUGUGCCAAGGCCAUACACCCCUCUCUCCCGCGCCUGGAACGCCGGCCAAGUCUUGUUUGGAUUUAGUCGAGUCUGUUUUCAUGCCUCAGAGAGUCACAAAAACAAGAGAUCCUGAGCUGACGAGGACGUACACCCAGGACGGAGUUUGUCUGACAGAGUCUGGUCUGUCCCAGCUCCAGAGUCUCGCCAAUGCAGCCUCGCGGCGGAGACGCUCCAAACCCAAACUCAAGCUGAAGAUCAUAAACCAGAACAGUGUGGCCGUGCUGCAGACGCCUCCAGACCCACCGACUGAACUCUCCAGAGACGGAAACCUCGACAACACCAAAACAGAAGGGGAGAUUGUGGACGGUGAGGGAAAGUCAGACUCCAGUCCGGAGAGAGAGGCCGCAGCAGAAGAUGACUCUAAAGACACAGAUCCCUGCAAGAAAAGGAAGAGGAAGCCCUACCGCCCUGGUAUUGGAGGAUUCAUGGUUAGACAGAGGAACCGGACAGGUCUGGGCAGAACCAAACAGGCCUUGUUCAGGAAGGACUCCACUGGCUCUGAGACCCUGCAAGGCAAAGAUGAGAGCUGGGGUGACCAAGCGCCUGACACUCCAAUCGAUGAAAAACCACCUUUGUCUGAUUUUCCCGACAACACUGAGGUUAAAAUACGGAAACGCUACAGGAAAAAGAAGACCAAACUGGAGGAGGCUUUCCCUGCUUACCUACAGAUAUGGCUCGGGUCCUUCAAUGCAAAUGGUCUUUAUUGUCUUGUCAUUAUGUUCAUUUUCUUGACAUUUCCAUUUUUCAUUCUUAGCUCAUUUUAUUUGACAUUGUGUAUGAAUCAUCUGCAGAAUUUUUCUUUCUCUCUUCAUGGUGCUGAUCCCUCAUUGUGUUUGGUUUGGGUCUUUGUAGGUCUUGAUUUUUGCCCUUUCCAAGUUGAGUACUCUCCUUCACCAUUUGGUCUGGACAUUGCUCCUUUAACAGAAGAUGCAUCUGUUUCAUCUCAAACUCAUCUAGGCCGAACUCACCCACGUCAGGUGCCCGAAGAGCCACUGGAUGGCAUCCUCAGCCCUGAACUGGACAAGAUGGUCACUGAUGAAUCAAUUCUCAGCAGACUCUACAAAAUGCCAGAGCUUGGUGGGAAGGAUGUGGAGGAUCUCUUCACAGCUGUCCUGAGCCCCAGCACCAGCCAAUCUCCUCAGAUGCCUCAACAGAUCCAGGGAGCUCAAACCCUGCAAGGUCCCGCAUGCACUGGUUUACAUCCCUCCCAACCCAACUCAGGAAUGUCUUCACGAAUGCCAGUGAUGAAUGGUUUGAUGGAACCCAAACAGCAGUUUUCACAGUCCCAAAUUGGUCCCGGAGCAGAGCCUGAUAUGACUCAAAAUAUCCCUUCAAUGCAGCGCAUGCCUUUCUCAGACAAUCUUAGGGACAGGAAGUUCAAUCUGAUAGUGCAGGAGACUGCUGGUCCGUGGUCCGCUACAGGGUCAGCUUCUGCCUCUGCUCCAGCCGCCGUCUCUGAGGUGGAGGGAGACUCCAUGUCCACCGCACAGAAAAGCACUCUGAAGUGGGAGAAAGAAGAAACGCUUGGAGAACUUGCCACGGUUGCACCGGUCCUGUACACUAAUGUCAACUUCCCAAACCUCAAGGAGGAAUAUCCAGACUGGUCAACACGAGUGAAACAAAUUGCAAAACUGUGGAGAAAAGCAAGUUCACAGGACCGGGCUCCAUAUGUGCAAAAGGCCAGAGAUAACAGGGCAGCCCUACGCAUUAACAAAGUUCAAAUGUCCAACGAGACCAUUAAGAGGCAGCCACCUCAGCCACAGCAGCCUUUAGAAGUGUUUGAUCCUGCUAUUCCACCACUGGACCCAGAAUUACUGUUCAACGAUCCACUGAAGCACAAGGAAUCAGAGCAUGAACAAGAAUGGAAGUAUAGACAGCAAAUGAGACAGAAAAGUAAGCAGCAAGCUAGGAUUGAAGCUACACAGAAACUUGAGCAGGUGAAGAAUGAACAACUUCAACAGCAGCAGCAGCAACCGCUCCCGUCAAUCAGCCAAUCUGAACAUGACUCUUCCAGUAACCUGAAGAGUCCAGUGUUUGUGCAUUCUAACAAUGGGAACAUGUCUCCCAAGCAGCCCAGUUCAAAAAAUGAGGUUUCAAAGUCACAACUGCCCGGCACGCCCACAUCGUGUUCCCCAGAUGACGUCUUUUUGCGCCCUCAUCCACCACCCCCAUCUUCAGGAUCUCAGCCACAGAGCCCUCAGAUGUUCUCCCCAAGCUCCUCUGGCUCUAGACCAUCCUCACCCUGGGAUCCCUACACCAAAAUGGUAGGCACACCCAGACCACCAACUACUGGGCAGGGAAAUCCACGCCAUAACUCAGAAUCAGGGAAAUCUCCCAGAGGUCUUUCAGAGCCAAUUGGCUCUCCAACAGCCAUAUGUAAUGACCCCUAUGCCAAGCCCCCAGACACCCCAAGGCCAGCAGGAGCUCCAGACCCUUUUCUCAAACCUAUGUGCCCUCCCAGAGCUAGUCAGACUUUGGAAGGGAGGCAUCUUAUUGGCUCCCCAGGCCAUGAUCCAUUCUCUAGGGUGUCUGUGAGAAAGGAAGCCUACCAGAGGAUGCCUCAGGGCAGGAUGAUACUCUCAGACCCAUAUGCUCGUCCUUUACUCACACCUAUCCCAGGCAGCAAUGAAUCAGGGUCCGUCCAGGUCUUUAAAACCCCUAUGCCACCCCCUCAGACUCAGGAACAAUAUGCAGGUAUGCUUGCCCGGAGAGCAAGUGGGGAUCCCUUCGAAAGACCAAUGAUGCCCCCUCGUUCCUCUGAGGGAUUCUCCCAGAAUCAACAGAAUGAUCCUUAUGCGCAGCCUCCGCUCACUCCUCGUCCUGCAGUUAGUGAUGGCUAUGCAAAUCAAAGGGUUCCACGACAGCCCCAAACCCUCCCUUUUUCUCAGCCUGGGCCAAUGGCACGCCAGCCUUCCUGUAAUCCAUAUGCUCGAGCCCCCUCCACCCCUCGGCCAGACUAUUCCCAGUGUGAUCCCUAUGGACAACAACCUGCUACACCAAGACCUUCAAGUGACCCUUUUACCCAGUCUCCAUUUUCUAACCCAUACGCUAGAAUGCCAGGCACACCUAGACCACAUGACCCUGAACCCUACUCUCAGCAGCCUGUAUCUCGCCAUCUGGUCAUGAUGAAUCAGCCCUCUCAACAGUCUCAGCAGCAGACUCAAAACCGCAUAAUGUCCCCUAUGUCAAUGGACCCUUACGCACAACCCCCUGGUACCCCACGCUCAGGAAUGGCAGACCGGUUCCCCAAGUCUCCAAGUCACCAAAGGACUCCUGAUCCUUUUAUUCAACCUCCCGGACUGCCACGCACUGUUGGGCCCGAUCCUCAUGCACAGUCAGUGGGAAGGUCCCAGUCAUUACCUAAUGAUUCAUGUGCACAUCCCUUACGAACACCUCAUCCUGGAGGUGUCAGACAGGGCUUGGGACCUGGGUCCAUGUCUAAUCAAGAUCCAUUCUCUCCUCCUCAAGUCUUGAUGCAAGACACAUUUGCCAGUCCAACAAAACAUGGACCUCAGCCCCUCAAACAUCUGGGCAUGACAGACGAAACCGGAUCUCAGCUGCUAUCCAGUCGACCCGAUCAAACUCCCAUCCAUGACCCUUUUGAGCAGGCCCCCAUGCUUCCACAUCCUCAGUGUGGAGAAAACAAAGAGCAUCAAGGUUUGGUACAGAGUAUCAGUUCCCACACCAUGGGCCAGCCCAGCUCUGAAGCUCAAACGGUACCUCUUGCAGAAGCUGAGGAAAGACUCAGACAGCGUCAGCGUAUUCGAGAGUUGAUCCUCAAACAGCAACAGCAGAAAAGUGCCAUACGUCAAGAUAAGGGUGUACAGGAUCAUCCUCUGACCAUGCCUCCAGGAACCCCUCAGCGCUGGAGUCAGGAGUCUACAGGCCAACAGAGUGAAAUGUUUAAUCGCCCGCCACCACCAUAUCCUGGUUCCGGAGCUGUAAGAGCCCCUCAGAGGUUCCAUGGGCCAUUCCCAGGAGAUCAGCAGGGGCAUUUCUCUGAAGGCCAGUUUCCUAGACCACAGUUUCCUGUGGAUGCUGACUCAAAUAUAAGGCAGCUUGGGCCAAGGAUGCCCAUCACUCCUAAUGUCCAAGACCCUCUGGGAGCUCCAAGGCCUCAUCAGAUGCAGGACCCAAUAAUUGAAACUCAUCCACAGAUGAGAAGAUCCAUAUCUAUGGAUUUGGGAAAAUCAGUAGGAGGCAACCCUUUAGUAACCUUACAUUUGCCUCCUAGUGGCAUGCACGUGCAACAGCACAACAUCAUGGGGCAGCCCUUCAUAGAACUGAGACACAGAGUGCCAGAUAGCAGACUGCAGCUUCCCUUUGGAACUCCUACUAUGCAGGGAAAUGGAAUGGAAUCGCCCUCACAGCAACGACCCCCAGGUUUCAUGGGUGGCCAAGAAAUGGGAUUCCCCUUCAAUCAGAUUCCAAAACCAAUGGACACAACAAUGAAUCAGUCUCAGGUAGCUAAUACGCAGAUGCAGGCAUCUCUCAGCUUGGGGAAUUUACAGCAGGCCAAUAUUCCGUUGAGAGCUGGACAUCCACAUAUCCCCCUGACAAGGUCUAUAAGCCAACCUGCUUCCAACGAGACUCUCAGUGCUCCCUUACUCACAAGUAUUGCUGCUACAUCUGCUGUACAAAACAAUGAGGUCCCUUUAUCCACAAAUGAAGUACCUGAGGAGAAAAUCGAUACUGAUGAAUCUGCUGUGAAGGACCUUGAAGAUGUUGAGGUGAAGGACCUUGUCGAUGCCGAUUUAGAGAACCUAAAUCUCGAUCCAGAUGAUGGAAAGGACUUGGAUCUUGAAACAAAUGACCUGCAUCUAGAUGACUUCUUAACGUCUGGGAAAUUUGAUAUAAUUGCUUAUGCUGAUGCUGAUUUAGAUCUUAGCGAGGACCUGGAUCUCAGUGAUCCAAUAGAAGACCACACUGAGACGUCUGAUUUCCAAAAGACAAAAGCAGAGAAAAAGACUGAUAGUUUUGAUGGCUCAUCAUCAUCAUGCUCUACAUCGACAGCGAAGGAAGUGGUCAAUACUGCUCAAUCUCAAGGUCACAUCAGUCAAGACGUUCCCCAGGAUCAGGUGCUGGUUUCCUUGAAAACAGAAGAGGAUAGCAAAAAUGGAAUUAAAGAUUGCUUGUCCCAAGACACCUCUUGUAAGAAUCAGGUAAAUGAUAGUGCUGCCAUUAAUCAAACUUGCUUUGAAAAUGAUAUUGAUGCCAGUUUACAGGUUCCAAAGUCUGGAAUUCACCCCGAUGCUACUCCAGUGCUUUCAAGCAUGCUGGUCAAUGUACCACUAGAAGGUGAAUCACAGAAGCAGGAACACUGUGGACAGUCAGCGGCACAAAGCAACCCUCCAAAUCAGGAAGCUACCAUGUCACUCAGUAGCACUAUGCUGGGGCAAGGAAACUUCUCAGUGCAGGGGAUGGAUCCUGGCCUCAGUAUUGACCAGUCUUUGGUGUUUUCUCAUGGUGAAAGUGCAUUAGAAGUCCCAGGCUCCAUUCAGGAACAGCAACAAAGCCAUAUUUUUGGUAUUGAUCAAAAGGAUGCUGUACUCUCAGGGGAACAACACAGUAUUCUUACUCAACAGGCGAUGCUGUCACAGGAAGGCCAUCAGAACAGACCACUGCUUCUGGAAGAGCAGCCACUUCUUCUCCAAGACCUCCUGGAUCAGGAGAGACAGGAGCAGCAGCAGCAGAAGCAAAUGCAAGCUAUGAUAAGACAGCGUUCCAGCGAGUCAUUCUUCCCUAACAUAGAUUUUGAUGCUAUCACAGACCCCAUAAUGAAGGCAAAGAUGGUUGCAUUGAAAGGAAUCAAUAAAAUGAUGGUCCAGAAUAACAUGGGAAUGUCUCCUAUGGUGAUGAACAAUGUCCAGACAGAGCAGGCGGUAUCAGACCCUGAUGGAGGUAUAACUCCAAUGCAGUUGGCUGGACAGGAUGGCAAACUUACUCCUCACAUGGCACGACCCAAUCCCCCAAAUUUUGGGACAGGAUUUGCCCGUGACGCACAGAAGGUUCAGUAUGAGGACUGGCUCAGGGAAACCCAGCAGCUGCUUCAGAUGCAGCAGAAGUAUUUGGAGGAGCAGAUUGGGGCCCACAGAAAGUCAAAAAAGGCCCUGUCAGCCAAGCAGAGAACUGCCAAGAAAGCAGGACGAGAGUUUCCUGAUGAGGAUGCAGAGCAGCUGAAACAUGUGACAGAACAGCAGGGUGUGGUGCAGAAACAGCUGGAACAGAUUCGCAAACAGCAGAAGGAGCAUGCAGAGCUGAUAGAGGAGUACAGGGUUAAACAGCAGCAACAAGGUGGCAUGCAGCCUGCAAUGAUGCAUGGAAUGCCACCAAUGCAGCCUCAUGCUGGUAUGAUGCCAGUUGGGCCCCCAGUGAACCAACCUAUGAUGGGUCCCAUGAUGCCCAUUCGUCUCCACCCUAGCCAACCAGAUGCAGCUAAUGUGAGCAACACAGCAGGUUGGCACCCUGGUGCACCUGUUCCCAGUGGAGGACCUCAGAUGCCAGGAGUAAUGCCCGCUCAAGUAGUGCAGGCACAGCCUCCGCAGCCGGCAGUGGCUAGGCCCGGUCAGGGGCAGGCGGGGGGCGUGAAUUUCGACGAUACCAACCCAUUUAGUGAAGGCUUCCAGGAACGUGAGCGUAAGGAGCGACUACACGAGCAGCAGGAGAGGCAAAGGGUGCAGCUCAUGAAGGAGGUGGAAAGGCAGCGGGUGAAACACUGCAUGGAGCAACAGCAAGUCCCUAACUGCCAAGAUGGCACCAUGAGGGCCUUGUCCCAAAUGCCUUUUUAUAACCAGGAGCUACCGCAGGACUUCAUACAGCCACCCAGAAUGCAGCAGCAGAUGCAAGGUCCACCAUUUCCACAGCAGCAAGGCAUGCAACCAGGGUUCGUUGGAGGACCAUCCAGACCAAUGAUGGGUAACGGUCCAUUCCCUCAGGAAAUGGGACCGGGGUUUGUUUCAGAGAACCUAGCACCCCAUGGGCCUAACUUUGUCCAAGCACAAGCUAGACCUCAGAGAUAUCCUGGGCCAAACAUGAUGCCUCAGAAUCCAACUCAAGCGCAUCAGUUUCCAAUGGAGGGUCCCACGCCCUUGCCUCCAAACUUUCCAGGUCCCGGUCCGUCACUUAUCCAGCUGUACUCCAACAUCAUUCCAGAGGAGAAGGGCAAGAAGAAAAGGAACCGCAAGAAGAAGAAAGAUGAUGAUUGUGAGUCCCUGAGAGCUCCUUCCACACCUCACUCGGAUCUGACAGCCCCGUUAACACCCUGCGUGUCAGAUACAUCAUCCACACCGACAAGGAACCCAAUGGUCUUCGGCGACCAUGAGUUCUGCGAGAUGUCCCAGCCUGGAUCGUCUACACCAGGCUCCAUGAGCAGCCAGCCCCACUCUGAGCUGGAGAGCCAGCUCUCUGAAGGCAACUGUGGUGGAGGGCCAGAGAUGGCCAUGACCCAACAGGAGAUGCAUGACAGGAUCCUGUCCAACAUCAAAUUGGAGAAGGUGGAGGCGAGUGACUGCCACGGGCAUAAGGGACUGGAGGUGGAAAUGGGACUAGGCAUGGUCAAGGUAGAGGGAGAGAGGGAAGGAAUGCUGCCUCAUCCUGCGAGCCAAAGUCCAGCCAACAGCUUCAAAGGAGAUGCUGGGAAUGAACUCCUCAAACACCUCCUGAAGAAUAAGAGGACUCCACCUCCUGCACUGCCCCACCAGAGGUCUGAAGACCGUUUGAGGUCAGAGGAAGAGGGAUCCACAGACUACAAAGCAUUUCUGCGACAGAGCUCCAUGGACAGCACUGGGACAUUUUCAGAUUCAAACCACCCUGAUUUCCCUGGACCAUUACUUCCAGAGGACAAGAAGAAACAGAGGAACAAGAGGGCACCCAAGAAUGGAGACAGACCCACUCCCCGCUGUAAAAAGCGGAAGAAAGAAGGGGACGAGAAUCAAGCAGUGUAUUCCUCUACUGAGCCAGUGAUGACCCAGUUAAAACAGCAGCUUUCUCUCUUGCCCCUAAUGGAGCCUCUGGUGGGGGUGAACUUUGCCCAUUUCGUGCCCUUUGGGGGCGGACAGCUGGACGGAGAGAGCCAUCUCUCGGGCACAUUUGGGAGCGCCUCAUUGGACGGUGUCUCUGACUAUUACUCCCAGCUGAUUUACAAGCAGAAUAAUUUGAGUAACCCUCCCACACCUCCUGCCUCCCUGCCCCCGACUCCUCCUCCAGUGGUGCGCCAGAAGUUGCUCAAUGGCUUUGCCACAACAGAGGAGCUUGCCAGCAAAGGUGGCGUAAUUGUUGGCCAUGAUGUCACCAAAGGGCUGCUUUCUCGACCGCUGCAGUUUAAGGCUGAGGAGGAGCUGCUGGCUCGAGCUCUGGCUCAGGGGCCCAAAACUGUGAAUGUGCCAGCCUCUCUUCCCACCCCGCCUCAUAACAACCAGGAAGAGCUCAGGGGACAGGAGCACUGUGAAGACAGAGACACCCCAGACAGCUUUGUCCCGUCGUCUUCCCCAGAGAGUGUCGUUGGCAUGGAGAUCAGCCGCUAUCCUGCUCUCUCAUUGGUCAAGGAGGAGCCUCCUUCUCCAGCCCUGUCUCCAGUAAUGCCAAUGUUUCCUGUCUUUAGGGGCAAAGGCUCAGAGGUCAGGUUACGAGAGGUCAAGACAGAGCCUUCAUCAGUGUUCUUCGGCUCUCCAUUUGGAUCAGUGGAAAACGGCUCCAACACUGGACUGGUGUCCAUCGCCAUCACACUGAAGCCAGCAGCUGCCGAGAACAUCACUGAUGUUGUUGCAGCCAUUGCUGACCUGAUCCGUGUGAAGAUCCCCAGCAGCUAUGAGGUCAGCAGCGGGCCGGGGGGAACUAUGGGGGCCAUCAAGACCUCGGUGGAUCCACAGCGUCUGACCUCUGCACUUCACGAGCCGAAUGGACUGCGGGCCACACAGCAAGCACCUCAGCACCUGCAGCUUCUGCACAACCAUAACAAAAGUCUUGUUGGCGGUAGAGCGCAGAAUAAGAAGAUACAGCAAAGCCCAGGACCGAAGCAACAAUGGUGUCAACACUGUAAAGUGGUUGUCCUGGGCAAUGGCGUGAGGAAAAUUGCCAAAGAUGAGCAGGGCAAAGCACAGGAGUCUCAGUUAUGUUCGGAUGGUGGUUUGGUGUUCUGCAGUCAUAGCUGUCUCAUUCUGCACUCAUCAUCCUCUCAGUCCAGUGGGAACGCCGACACCGAGGCAUCUGUUGCUCUACUUCCUGAAAGUGCUUUGAAACAGAGUCCCUCUAAAGUCCAGCACCAGUACAGCAACAACAUGUCCUCACUGGAUGUCCACUGCCUGGCCCAACUCCAGCCCAAACCGUCCCCUUCCUCUAUGAAUCUUCACACGGCUUUCACCCCAGCUGAGGCGGCUCAAGCGAUCAAGAUAGAAUCCAAACCUGAAAGCAUAUCGGAGAGCCAUUUUAAAAUGAUGGUAAAGCUUAAACCACAUUCCCAGAGCCACAUGGAAGACAAACCAUGGCAUCACGGCAAAAGGUGGAAAGGCCUGUGCUGGCGAAAGUGGACGGUACACAUCACGAUGCCAAAAGUUGCCACCCAAACAUCGGAGUCAGAAGUUGAGGAGCUUUUGCAGCAGCUCAACUCAUCUCUGCGGCCGUGCUUAACCACCCUCGAUCGGCGCCGCUGCUGUUUUUGCCAACAGAUAGGCGAUGGGAUGACGGAUGGCCCAGCCAGGCUGCUCAACCUGGACUUGGACACCUGGGUGCACCUCAACUGCGCCCUCUGGUCCUCCGAGGUCUAUGAGACGCAAGCGGGGGCCCUGAUCAAUGUGGAAUUGGCGCGUCAACGAGGGCAAACGGUGGUUUGUGUGUUCUGUCAGCGCUUGGGUGCCACCAGUGGCUGCCAUCGGCUGCGCUGCCUCAACAUCUACCACUUCACCUGUGCCCUGCAGGCCGGCUGUACGUUUUUCAAGGAUAAGACAAUGCUGUGCCACCAGCACCGGCCGCGAGGAUCUGGCGCCGCCGCCGGGUUGCACUUAGAACAGCAGCUGCUCUGCUUCUCCGUGUUCCGCCGCGUGUUUGUGCAGCGCGAUGAGCUACGACAGUUAGCGGCGGCCGUGCAGCAGCCUGAACGCGGCCAUACUUUCAGAGUGGGCAGUUUGCUUUUCCAUGCGAUGGGUCAUCUGCCACCUACCCUGCUGCCCACGUUUCAUUCGUCCAUAGCCAUCUUUCCACCUGGCUACGAGGCGAGCCGGCUCUACUGGAGCAUGCGGCACGGCCAGAAGCGCUGCCGGUACGUCUGCUCUGUGGAAGAGCAUGAGGGGUGUCCUGAAUUCAGCAUCCGUGUCAUUGAGCAGGGCUACGAGGAUCUGGUGCUGACCGACACCACUGCUAAAGGGGUCUGGGACAAGGUUCUUGGGCCCGUGGCUGAGAGGAGGGCUGAGACGGGCAUGCUGAGACUCUUCCCCGUCUAUCUGAAGGGAGAGGACCUGUUUGGGCUCACCAUCUCAGCAGUUACCCGCAUUACUGAAUCGCUGCCAGGUGUGGAGGCGUGCUCGAGGUAUCGAUUCCGUUAUGGACGUAAUCCCAUGUUGGUGCUUCCACUGUCCAUCAAUCCAUCUGGUUGCGCUCGUUCUGAGUUGCAGACGUACCCCCAUCAUGAGAGGCUGAAGAUCCUCUCCGUGUGGUCCAGAGCAUCACAUUGCAUCCAGAACUCAACGGUGGCAGAGAGAGGAUCUUCUCACAGCAAGCACUUUGUGCACUCGAAGUCAUCUCAGUACCGCCGACUGACCAGCGACUGGAAGACAAAUGUGUAUCUGGCACACUCUCGCAUCCAGGGUCUUGGGCUGUUUGCAGCGCGUGACAUUGAGAAGCAGACCAUGGUGAUUGAAUACAUGGGGGAUAUUCUGCGCGCUGAGGUGGCCAUGAGGAAAGAGCUGCUGUACAAGGCUAAGAACCGCCCAGCGUACAUGUUCCGCGUCGACAGCGAGCGAGUUAUCGAUGCAACCCGGUCUGGAAGCCCUGCAAGGUACAUCAAUCAUUCAUGCUCGCCGAACUGUGUGGCUGAGGUUGUGACGUUCGAGCGGGGCCACAAGAUCAUCAUCAGUGCCGCCCGCAGGAUUGAGAGGGGAGAAGAGCUCUGCUACGAUUACAAGCUCAUCCCAGUUGCAGAUCAGAGCAAGAUCCCAUGUCACUGUGGAGCUGCCAACUGCCGCAAGUGGAUAAACUAAACAGGAGUGACAACAACAACUCUGAGGUGCCAAUUUACCAGAGGGGACGUGCAAAGAAGAAACAGCCAAUCCUGGAAGUUGUUGAUCUUUUUUUUUUUUUUUUAAAUGUGCAAGACUAAGAGGAAAACGCAACGCGAGAAUUCAGCAUUGUGUGAGCCAUUCUUAUCAUUUCUUGACUUGAAAGGAAAAUGUUCCGUUAU